AUGACGUCUCCCUCUCCUCAAGAAAUAUCUUCACGAAGCAUUCGAUCAGGUAGAGAUUCUGCUAGCCCAAUGGAUAUCAACAAUUUAAUUGAAGUUGAUAAUGAGGCAGAAAAAGUGCCUUCUCUUGGAGAUGAAGAGUUAGGCAGUGCCGAUGAGGCCGAGGCCGAGGAGAUCGAGGAAGACCCCAAUGAAGCGGCUGAACAAAUUGACAAUUUGGAAGCAUUCAGAAAAAAGGAAAGGGCGAAAACAUCAAAAGCUUGGGACGAUUUCAAAGAAGUAGAUGUUGGUGACGAUAAGUAUUAUGAGUGCAAACAUUACAAAGUCAAACUGAAGAAAACCAAGACGAGCACAACAACUAGUAUGUUGAGGCACCUGUCGCCAUGCACCGUGAAAUUGAAAAAACUGAGGCAACCGCAACAACAAAAGAUUAAUUUUCCAACAGCUAAUUCAAGCAUACCUCAUCCAUAUCUUCAUACUGGCAAAUUUGAUAUGGCCGCGAUGAGAGAAUCUGCUGCCGAAUGGGUACUAAUGCAUGAGCAUCCUUUUUCAAUUGUCGAGGAAGAUGGAUUCAACCUGAUGCUGAAAAGAGAAAUACCCGAAUGGCAAAAGAUCAUCUGA